CCGCUAGCAGGACUAAUGUUCGUUCGUCGUCUUGAUAAUGCCUCUUUGGGCCAUUAUUUAUUCUUGCAACGGCGUUAUUUGGCCAAAAAUUCUAUGUGGGACUCCAAGUCUAUUAGUUUCCGAAUACGUUCCAAACAGGAUGAUGAUGUGACUGGUAGCCUCAAGGAGCAGCCACAAUUGGAGACUCAGGAAUCCUUGAACAUGCCGGAUAUGCAGGAUGCCCAAAAACUGCCAAAUGUGGGAUCCUACGUCCGCACGAUCGCCGCCGAUGGCAAGAGCCUGCGCGACGUGCUGACCGCCAAGGUGCCCCAGGAGCAGGAGCGCGUGAAGAACUUCCGCAAGCAGCAUGGCGCCACCAAGAUGGGCGAGACGACCAUCGACAUGAUGUACGGCGGCAUGCGCGGCAUCAAGGCCCUGGUCACCGAGACCUCGGUGCUGGAUGCGGACGAGGGCAUCCGCUUCCGCGGCCUCUCCAUUCCCGAGUGCCAAAAGGUUCUGCCCGCCGCCGAUGGCGGCACCGAGCCCCUGCCCGAGGGUCUCUUCUGGCUGCUGUUGACCGGCGAGGUGCCUACCAAGUCUCAGGUGCAGCAGCUGUCCCGCGAAUGGGCCGAGCGCGCCGCCCUGCCCCAGCACGUGGUUACCAUGUUGAACAACAUGCCCACCACCCUGCACCCGAUGUCGCAGUUUGCCGCCGCCGUCACCGCGCUGAAUCACGACAGCAAGUUCGCCAAGGCCUACUCGGAUGGUGUGCACAAGAGCAAGUACUGGGAGUACGUCUACGAGGACAGCAUGGACCUGAUUGCCAAGCUGCCAGUGGUGGCGGCCACCAUCUACUGCAACACCUAUCGCGGCGGCAAGGGCUCCCGUUCGAUUGACUCCAGCCUGGAUUGGUCGGCCAACUUUGUGAAGAUGCUUGGCUACGACAACGCCCCCUUCACCGAGCUGAUGCGUCUCUAUCUGACCAUCCACAGUGACCAUGAGGGUGGCAACGUGUCCGCCCACACCGUUCACUUGGUGGGCUCCGCCCUCAGCGAUCCCUACCUCUCGUUCGCCGCCGGCCUGAACGGUCUGGCUGGUCCACUGCACGGCCUGGCCAACCAGGAGGUGCUCGUGUGGCUGCGCAAGCUGCAAAAGGAGGCCGGCAACAACCCCUCGGAGGAGCAGCUCAAGGAGUACAUCUGGAAGACCCUCAAGUCCGGACAGGUGGUUCCCGGCUACGGACAUGCCGUGCUCCGCAAGACCGAUCCCCGCUACACCUGCCAGCGCGAGUUUGCGCUGAAGCACCUGCCCGAUGAUGAGACGUUCCAGCUGGUGUCCAAGAUCUACAAGGUGGUGCCCCCAAUCCUGACCGAGACCGGCAAGGUGAAGAACCCCUGGCCCAAUGUAGAUGCCCAUUCCGGUGUGCUGCUGCAGUACUACGGCAUGAAGGAGAUGAACUACUACACCGUGCUGUUCGGCGUGUCCCGUGCCCUCGGCGUGCUGGCCUCCCUCGUCUGGGAUCGCGCCCUCGGCCUGCCCAUCGAGCGCCCCAAGUCAUUCUCCACCGAUCUGCUGGUCAAGAUGGUCCAGAAGUAAGCAACUGGAGCAACAAGAGCAGCAGAAGCAGGAGGAGCGGGAGUUGCUGGAGUUCAACCUUUUAUAGCCAGAGGACGAAUGGACGAAAAAUGCAAAAGCUGUAGAUUGUAAUUGACGAGGGACGAGGGAGAGAGAGAAUCGAUUGGAUUGAAUUGGAUUGGAUUAAAUUGGAUUGGAUUAGGAUGGGAUGGGAUGGGAUGGAUAUCGAUAUGACGACGCUGAUAUUUAAAGAGUUGGAGAUGUGUAGUUGAGGAAAACAGCAACCAAAUACGAACCAAUAGGACAAAAACGAAAACCAGAGGAAAACUGCAACACACUGCAACUGCAAACAAUAAGUUGGAAAUAAGGCAAACACUUAUUUUUAGUAGUAAAAUAAUUAACGAAGAGAAACCGACAAGCAACCACUUAAUUAUUUGUAUAAGCUAUAUAUAUAUAUAUACAUAUAUACAUAUGUACGAUUGACUAUAUAUAUAGGGACAGGCAGAGAGAGAAAAAUGUUUGCGCCUAUUGUUUAUGUUCAGCAUUUCCCCCACCCAAGAACCCGCCCACACGCCCACGAUCCCCACUCUUUAUUAAGUUUGUUAUGUUUUUUUUUUGUUCAUCUUAGCCGAUCGACUAACCACAACACGACCUUAAUGCCUAAUGAUUUAAUCCCCCCAACCGCCCGACCCACCAGCACACCACCCACCCCGCCUGAAAACUUAAAAAAAAAAAUUACUAACUUGAUAACAUUUUACUUUUAAUUUAACUAUAAUUUAUUAUGCAAACAAGAUACAAACGAGAAAUACAAUACAAAAACAAGUGUAAAGAAACCAACAAAAACAUUUGAAAAAACUCAAUAAAAAAACAGAACAAUAAAUAAUAUAAUGCAUAGUGAGUAGUUAUUGUCAACUCCACCAGUGGAAGCUGCAAAAGCGUUCGUUCAUUGCCGUGCAAGUGUAUUCGAGAAAGCAAACAAAACCCACAAUAAAUCUUAGCAAACUUGAA